AUGAUGACUUGUAUCAUCCUCCACAACAUGAUUGUGGAAGAUGAGUAUGAUUACGAUGCUGAUGAAGUGUAUGAACCAGAUCCCAUGAACAUGGCCUUAACACGAAUUUAUGAAAAACCUAUGGGGCCAAAUGGAGAACCAGUGCAGCAUGAUCCGUUAGUUAGAGACGGUAGUUUCAUGCAUCGGAUGAUUGAGCGCUACACGGAGAUGCAAUCGUCAUAUAUUCAUGAACACCGUCAAAUGGACUUGAUGGAGCAUUUGUGGGCGGUGAAAGGCAAUAAAGGACAAUAA